AUGGCGGUCGCCGCGCUCAAGGUGCAGCUGAACGCGCUCCUCUCCAACAUGUUCGCCACGGGUAUGGUGGACGAGCAGUUCCAGCAGCUGCAGUCGCUGGAGGAGGGGGGCACCGCGUCGGGCUUCGUCGCCGAGGUCGCCACCCUCUUCAUCGAAGACGCCGACCGGAUCAUCGCCGACAUCGCCGCCCUGCUGGACCAGCCCGUGGUGGAUUUCGACAAGGUGGACGCCCACGUGCACCAGCUCAAGGGGAGCAGCUCGAGUGUUGGUGCUCAGAAAGUGAAGCUCGCCUGCAUGCACUUCCGCCAGUUCUAUGAGGCAAAAAGCAAAGAAGGGUGCCUCAUGGCGCUGGCUCUUGUUAGGAGCGAGUUCUGUGAUGUGCGCAACAAGUUCCAGACCAUGAUGCAGCUGGAGCAGCAGAUCGAGGCGUGCAGUCCCAAGUAG